AUGUCUGAUUAUCAGAAACUCACCCCCACCGAGUACAAACCCAUCCUCGACUUCAUCGUCACCGUCGCUCGAAAAGCCGGUGCUCUCAUCCUCGAGGGAUCCGCAGCGAUUCAGACCGUCUCAUCCCAAGAAACGGGCGUAAAUGAGAAGAAGAACUCGGUGGAUCUUGUCACCGAGUACGAUGUCCGUGUCGAGGAGCUGUUGCUGAAGGAGUUGAAGAAUGGGUAUCCCAAUUUUAAAUUUAUUGGAGAGGAGUCGUAUUCGGCGGGUAAACGCGAGCCAUUGACCGACGACCCUACGUUCUGCGUUGAUCCAAUUGAUGGAACAACCAACUUUGUCCACGGCAUCCCCUUCGUCUGUGUCUCCAUCGGCGUAAUCUACGAGCGCCGCCCCAUCAUCGGGGUCAUCUAUAACCCCUUCCUCGACCACCUCUACACAGCGGCUAAAUCCCACGGAGCCUACCUCACCCGCAACAACGGAACCCCACAACGCCUCCCCCUCGCCUCGCCCCCCAAACCGCUCUCCUCCCUCCAUGGCGCCGUCAUCGGCGUUGAAUGGGGCUCUGAGCGUAGCUCGGAGAGCAUGGCAGGCAAAUCGUCUUCCUUUGUCAAGCUCGCUGGAGACCCCGAGAGAGGCGUCCCGGGCGGGAAGAUGGCACAUUCGCUGAGGUCGUUUGGGAGUGGUGCGUUGAAUUGUGCGAUGGUUGCGCAGGGGGCGUUGGAUAUGUACUGGGAGAUCGGGUGCUGGCCUUGGGAUGUGUCCGCUGGAAUUAUUAUCGUUCAGGAGGCUGGAGGAAUUAUCACCGGAUCCCACAAGGUCCUCUCUGACACGAUCAACGCUGAGCAAUUCGGCGAUGUAACGGAGGAUAUCCUCUUCGGGCGCAAGUACCUCCUCAUCCGUGGUAUUGCUGAUACUCCGACCGAGUCGGGAAGAGAUGCACAGAAACGUUUGUUGAAGGAAUUCUACGAUACGGUUGUCGACGUGGAACCCCAGUACGAUUAG